AAGGUGUAACUACAAAUGAGCAGCAGAUAAAAAGCGUGCGUCUACCAUUCCCGUGUUGAACAGUUCUCAUCGGCUGUUCAAGGACUUCAGUUGGGCCGCUCCUAACCUGGUCGAGGUAGCAGAGCGUGUGUGUUCUUGGGCAGUGGUAUAGUGUGUGUGUGCGGGAGAGAGAGACAGCGUUCGUCUCGGGCUGGAAACGCAGAAUAGUAAUAGUUCAUCGAAGCAAAAACCUGGAGAAAUGUAUUUCAAAAAAGUGGUCUCGAUCUUGGUGAUCUGCAUAGUGGCGCAGAGCGCCCUGGCCGAAGAAAGCAAGCAGGAAGCUGCCCGGGAGAAUGUUCUGAACGAGUUGAGCUGGUCCUGCGCGAACAAUGCAUCCUGCGUGACGCGACUGGCCAGUGAUGUGGUGCAGAAACUGAAGGCCCGCAAAGCGAUCGACUUCGGAGCGUUCAGCAUCGAACCGGUCGAGAAGAUCCCCCUAACCGUCGAGGGACGAUCGUCCCGGGCGCUGGACUUCCUCAGCGGGAACGCCAUCACGUUCCCGAUCGGACCGAUGGUAUUCAACAUCGAACGCUCCGCCGACUAUCCGAACUUUAUCGAGGUGUCUCUGCUCAGAAAGGACGAUGGAGCUCGAGGCAGAACCCGCAAGCAUAUGCGCUUCUUCGUGCCAGCAUUCCUGGUUUUCAGCCAACUCGGCUGGUACGCGCUCGCCAUCGCCGGAGUCAAGCUGCUAGCGAUUAAGGCCUUUUUAGUUGCCAAAAUUGCCCUAAUCGUUGUAGCGAUGAUGACCUUCAAGAAACUUAUGGAACCAGUAGCCGUUUUGCCCCCGCCGUACUUCGACCAUCAGGAACCGUACCUGAUGCCGUACAGCAUGGACUUCCAUCACGGCUUCCCCGGCUCCGGACACGACAUGUACCCGAUGGGACUGGGCGGACACCUCGGACACCACGACGGACCGGCAGCUCUGCACGCCGCCGAAGGUCUCGGCGCCGCUAGCAACGUAAACGCCGUCGUCGAUACCAACCAGGCCGCGGACAAGUCGGCUUCCGUUGCCAGCGGAGCGUCCUCGCAAGCGGCCAGUUCCAACGAUCGCCAUCACUUCCCCGGUGGUAAAAUCAAGCGGCAGGACUUCUAUCCGGCGGUGCAGACUGCCAAGUACUACUAAAACUCCCCAAUCCGUGUACAACCAAAACCCCCCACACGCUCUAGUUUACCCCUAAAACGUAGAUAAAGAAAAUAACGAAGGAAUUCAGAAGCCAAAGCCACUGCGUCACGAGGCAGAAUCCUACCUCCGCGUUCGUGUUCAAUAAGAAGUAGCCGCGCCACCACCGGGCCCAAGCGGAAGCCCCGCCCAAAGUAUCCCUACGAACCUAAUCGAAAUCCGAUCCAAUGAAAACUAGAUGAGACGAUAGACCACCACCAACCCCAAAUCAGAAGCUAACAGAACUGUUUAGUGUGUAGUCAUAGUAUUUUCCACAUCCGCAGGAGAUCACUUCCCUCCCGGAAUGGGGGAAAGCAUUUCAAUCUGUUGUACAAUUAUUUUCCACCGC